CGGUUUUUUUUUUUCUUCCAAGUUGUGAGGGAGGCAGCCGCGGAAGGGCCACUCACUCACUCCUCACUCCUCACUUCAUCUUUUUUUGUGCACCUCCAGCUCGCCCCUUCCUCCUUCCUGUAUGGUGGAUAUUAUUUUCAGCUCUUCUUUCUUGGGUGAUAUGGGGGAUCAUUCCAAAAAGAAGCCAGGAUUCGCCAUGUGUGUGGGAUGCGGAAGCCAGAUCCACGACCAGUACAUCCUGAGAGUCUCCCCCGACCUGGAGUGGCACGCAGCCUGCCUCAAGUGUGCAGAGUGCAGCCAGUACCUGGACGAGAGCUGCACUUGCUUCGUGCGGGACGGCAAGACCUACUGCAAGAGAGACUACGUGAGGUUGUUCGGCAUCAAGUGCGCGAAGUGCAACCUGGGCUUCAGUAGCAGCGACCUGGUGAUGAGGGCCCGGGACAACGUUUACCACAUCGAGUGCUUCCGCUGCUCGGUGUGCAGCCGGCAGCUGCUGCCCGGCGACGAGUUCUCUCUGCGGGAAGACGAGCUCCUGUGCCGGGCCGACCACAGCCUGCUGCUGGACAGAGGCUCCGCCGGAAGCCCCGUCAGCCCCGGACACAACGUGCACUCCAACAGAGCCAUGCACCUGGCAGAGCCGGUGACGGUGCGGCAGGCCCCGCAUCGCAACCACGUCCACAAGCAGUCGGAAAAGACCACGCGGGUGCGCACGGUGCUCAACGAGAAGCAGCUGCACACGCUGCGGACGUGCUACAACGCCAACCCGCGGCCCGACGCGCUCAUGAAGGAGCAGCUGGUGGAGAUGACCGGCCUGAGCCCCAGAGUCAUCCGCGUGUGGUUCCAGAACAAGCGGUGCAAGGACAAGAAGAAGUCGCUGCUCAUCAAGCAGCUUCAGCAGCAGCACAGUGAUAAGACUGUAAGCAUCUUCAACCUGCAGGGCCUGACGGGAACGCCUCUGGUGGCCGGGAGUCCCAUCCGGCACGAGAGCGCCGUGCAGGGCAACCCGGUGGAGGUCCAGACCUACCAGCCGCCUUGGAAGGCCCUCAGCGAGUUUGCCCUGCAGAGUGACCUGGACCAGCCUGCCUUCCAACAACUGGUGUCUUUCUCUGAGUCCGGCUCUCUGGGCAACUCGUCGGGAAGUGACGUCACAUCGUUAUCCUCUCAGUUACCGGACACCCCCAACAGUAUGGUACCCAGCCCGGUGGAGACGUGAAACCCACGACCUCCGCCAAGACCCCCCCUGCAAAUAUUGCAGCAUGCCCCCCCCCCCGCUAUCCUCCUCCCGAUUCCCUCUUGCAUGUGAGAAGCUCAUCACAUCGCCCAUUAAAAAAAGGAUUUUUCUUCUUCUUUUUUUUUGAUUCCUAAUCGUGGAGAAGAUGGAUGGUGAACUGAUGUUGCAUGAAAAAAAGAAAGAUGUACAGAACGUUUCUAUGUGGAUAUACAAGCAAAACUCCAUGAUGAGACUUUAACAGGGAACAUAUAUGGAAACACUUCAUGGACUUCCUUCACAUUUCAUUGUGACCUUUUUGUGUCUUGUU